AGCAGGUGACCCACAUCACUCUUAUAACUUUCCAACCAUCGCGCGACUUCUGUUGACCUUCAAACAUCGCCACAGACCACCUCAACCAGCUCGGCCUUCCGACACUCUGGCAGGAAUCCGAGAUGAGCGCCACACAGUACGAACUACUCCGGAUGUCUGUGGACGACAAGGCCUGCUGGACCGUUCCCGUACUAGACAGCCGGAGCCGACCCGUCCCCUGGGCGGCGUUCGGUGACUACAGCGCUCCCGUGCUAGCUCACUUCGCGGACGACGACACCGGUUUUUACACUGAAUCAGACCCCGGACUGUACUCUAUACCUGAGACCGUGGACGAUGACCUCACGGGCUCUUCUUGUUAUUCGCGCCGGUCCCUGCCACUAGACGAGGAUGGCCACACGGAAGACCUUGAAGCGCUUAGCGAGGAGGAAGAGUCCGUCGACGGGCCGCGCGAAGUGGGCCACUCGUUCGUCUUUCGCGGCGCGCAGCACGAGACCGUGCGCACCAUCAUCCGCGCAAGCAGCGAGCCCACCCUGAGCGGACUGGACACUUUCGAAACCGACUCGGAGGCUUCGUGGACCAGUGGCGACCUGGAUGACUUCUCCGACCCGGGAACGGAGACGCCCCUGCUCUCUCGCUCGCUGUCGCCAGACCCGCUGGACGCUGUGCGCUGCGGGAUUGAACGGAUCGCCGCGAGGCAGCACCUCGAGGAGGACUUGGACUUCCGCGAGCACGAGUGGCUGUUACAGCAGAUCGGUUGUGGGCGGAUGGAGAUCUGGGUGACGGAGGAACGGAUAGAAAGGACGGAGCAGAGCGAAGACACAAGGCCGAGGGUGUUCUUUGCCCCCCCUUCAAGUUCAGGCCGACGCCAGUCGCUUGGCGGUAUGGCGUAAACUCGGUGGCAACGGUGCAACUCAAACUAUCCGAUGGAGAUGCUUCACUGGUACUUCCAAGCUCCCUCGAGCUGCGAAUCGAUGGUUGGCCUCUUCAAGUCCAUUUCGCAUGGACGUUCUGCAC